GCCGGGUGGCAGCCAGGUGCCGGCGGUGGUGGUGGCGUGCACGGUCCUCCAUGCCGCAGCCUCCAACCCCACACUGUGUCUCUCUCUCUCUCGCACCUUUUAACUCGUGCGUUCGUUCGUUCGUUCGUUCGCUCGUUCGCUCGACCUAACACUCGCCAGCACAGGUCGACGCCGUGGAGAUAACUCAAGUGACUAUUAGUUAUAUAUCAGUAGAAAUAUUAAGUAAUUAUAAGUUCAAAAUCUAAUACGCGUAUAUAUAUUAUAUUCAAAUUGAUGUACAAGAUAGUGACGACAAAAAAGUUACUCUGAAAUCUAUUGGUGCGAAUCAGUGUCUGAUAUAGUGAACUAUAAGGUGUUGUUAACUGUAAGAUGUUAACUAUAGGAUAUUGUUAAUCAGUGAAUAUUGUUAAUUUUGGUGAGGGAGUCUUGCUGGGUAGCAGCGGCCGGUUAGGGCUGUUCACGCGGUGGUGCUCUCACCAUGGCGACCCCUGGUGAACACACAGACGAGGGCGCCGCCUCCCUUCCCUUAUUAUGUCCAAAACUCGGCGAGAUGCUGUCUCGGGGUCGUGGCCUCGUCACCACCUCGACCUACGGGGAGACCCUCCAGACACACACUAUGGUGAGCACCUCCAGCAGUUACCAGAGUUCGGCCUCCCUUACGACUGAGCCCGUCAGCAUCUUGGGCAAAGGGAGGCACCAUUCAAGUAGUUCGAUCUCCUCUUCAUCAAGUCCAAAGCACAGUGUCAAGUUCACCGAGCCGGAAGGCGCCGUGUACAGAGAUCGAGCCCCCGAGAGUCCCAGGUUCAAGACUGUUGGGCAGGAGAAGAUCAAGUACCAAGAAAAUUUCAAGUUUAAAGUCCACGAUGGAUCUACAUCCAUGCACAGGAAUGCCGGGCACGGGAUUGGCAGUAUUCCUGAGAAGUCGGCGUACAGUGUCUCUGAAAGCUCUAACUACAGGUACACCGAAUCCUCGAAGCUCGUGGGAACCUCCUACCGCUGCCCUGACAGUCCCAGGAACAAAACCAGGAUGAUCACACGCACGCCGGACCGCAACUCUAUCAUCGCCUCCAUGGAGCUAAAAGUCCCUUCCUUCCACGACCUGGGAGUCCCUUCGUCAGGCAGUAGUGGUGGGGGCCUGACGCCCUUACUCGGGCAUCCGGAGAGUCGGGGUUUGACGAUCCUGUCGCCCCACAACCCAACUCCGGAGCUGCACUUCUCGUCGACCUUCACUGUGAGGACCCGCAAGGGGAAGACCAUCGUGCUGCCCAAGCUGAGGAUCCCAGCCUUCCACUCUCACUCUCAUGACAGCAUCUUUCUAGGGUAA